UUUCUAGAAACAGCACCACGUGGCCGACUAGAAAAGGAUGGGAACCUUCCAGAACCCCCUGGAUGCUUCUCGCCCCAUCCCCACCCUCAUGGCCCUAUCCCCAUCACAAAAUCCCCAUUUCUCGACCCGGAACGGAAGCAAACCACAUCCUCCCGUCUCCCCUCGCGAGAGCACCACCAGAUCACUCUCAACCAACUGCUCAAUGGCGUCGCCGGCGGCGGGGACGGCGCCGUUCCUGACAAAGACGUACGCGAUCGUCGACGACCCGGAGACCGACGACAUCAUCUCGUGGAACGACUCCGGCACGACAUUCGUGGUGUGGCGCCGCUCCGACUUCGAGCGCGACCUCCUCCCCAAGAACUUCAAGCACAGCAACUUCGCCUCCUUCGUCCGCCAGCUCAACACCUACGGAUUCAAGAAGGUCGGGGUGGAUCGGUGGGAGUUCGCCAACGAGUGUUUCAGGAAGGGGGAGAAGCAUCUGCUCGGCGGGAUACAGAGGCGGAAGGGGUCAGGCGGCGCCGGGGCGCCGGCUUCGGCGGUGAUACCGACGGCGAUUGCGUUGCCGAUCUCGCCCACGGCGACGAGCUCCGGAGGGGAUCCCCCGGUCUCGUCGUCGUCGCCGCCGCGGCCCGGGUCGGGGUCGGCGGUGAGCGGCGCGGUUGCCGAGCUGGAGGAGGAGAUUUCGCGGCUGCGGCGGGAGAACGCGAGGCUGUCGCGGGAGCUCGCGCGCGCGCGCCGCGCAUUCGACGACGUCCGCCGCGUCGUGACGCGGUACGACCACGGCGGGGAAGAGGAGGACGAGCGGCCCGGCGCGGCCGGCGGCGGCGGGAAGCCGAUGCUGUUCGGAGUCGCGAUCGGGAGCAAGAGGUCGCGCGAGGUGGAUGGGGACGAGGAGGACGGGGCCGAGGAAGACGGCGGAGACGAGGACGAGGAGGAAGAAGACGACGAUGACGAGAGGCACGCCGCGCGACGAGACAAGGCUAGGAGGACGGAGCUGUCGGAUCUGAACGUGCUCGCUCUGUCCGUGCGGGCAGCGGCCGCGGCGAGGGCGCCGGAUGUGGGUUCGCGUGGCACCAAGAACCACUCGGUAUCGUUACCUCUAGGAUCAAAUCGUGCAACGCUCUAGCUCUUUUAGUAUUUUUUUGAGGGAAAUCUAGCUCUUAGUAUUAACGGGAGAGACUCUUAACGGGACGAUUGUUGAGCUGAACGCUUUACCUUGGUCAGUUGGAAUGAUAGUACUGUGAGAUUUGACGUUACAUUAAUUGCAUUGCUUGUACAUGUCAAAAAAUUCAAUUGCUUUGUAGUAGAGCUGUGGUGCUACUGUGGCAGCCUCGUAAUAACAGCUUUACAUUAAUUUUCAGAA